UGGGGACCAUGACCUGACUUUAUGCCUCGUGGUCAGAGGUAGAAGGAAGACUGUGAAUCUUCUUGUAAGAAGUCCGUGUGAAAGCCCCAUGGCGAUUAGUGCUGGGCUUCACCCACCACAUCCUGUGCACCUUCCUGCCCUACUGGACUCAGUCUCCACCCAGCUGCUCCACAUUCACUUGGUAGGAUCUGUGCUAUGACCUCUACACUCACUGCCCUGCUCUACCUCGGGCUGUUCCUGAGCCGGACUGUCAGCACCGAGAAGCAGAAUCUUUCAAAACCCAUCAUCUGGGCCAAGCCAGAUUUCAUGAUUCCGAAGGGAAAGCAGGCACUUAUCUUCUGCCAGGGGACUCCUGAGGCUGUGAAUUACCAGCUGUAUUUCGAGGGACACCUCUUUCUUCAGCAGAGCCCAAAGCAACAUGGAAGGAGGAACAUAGCCAUGUUCCACAUCCCAGCCAUGACCCCACUCACUGCAGGGCAAUACAAGUGCAUUUACCGAAGCAAGAAGCUCUGGUCAAACCCUAGUGACCCUCUGGAUCUGGUGGUCACAGAAUUGUAUGACACACCCACCCUCUCUGUCCAUCCUGGGCCUGAGGUGACCUCAGGAGAGAACGUGAGCUUCUACUGUCGGCUAGACACUGCAACAAACAAGUUCUUUCUGCUCAAGGAGGGAAGAUCCCCUCACCCUCAGCACAGAUACGGGAACACCCAGGUGGAGUUCCCCAUAGGUCCUGUGACCACAGCCCACAGAGGGACGUACAGAUGUUUUGGCUCUUAUAACAACCAUGCAUGGUCCUUCCCCAGUGAGCCUGUGAAGCUCCAGGUCACAGGUGAGGAAACCCUCAGAUUUCCCCCACUCUGUCCUCUGACCCCAGACCUUGCCUCCUGGGAUCACACUGCCCAGAAUCUCCUUCGGAUCAUUCUGGCUUUCCUGGUCCUGGUGGCACUCAUGUGCCUCCUGGCUGAAGACUGGCUUUGGAGGAAGAGGGCACAAGAAAAAGCCAACGGGGCUUCAAGUCAGGAAUGCAGGAGAAGGUUCAGAACACAGAGACGCCUGAACGAAUGACCAAGAGAUGUGCUGGUCCCAGGUAGAGCCGAACUCUGGCCUUGACCCUGAGCUGAGCGAGCUCUGUGUUGUACCCACAAAGGGGGGUUCCCUGCAGGACACUGAGGGACAGCUGCAUGGAGUCUGGCAAAGCUUGUUGGGCAGGGUGGGAUGAAAGAGCUAUAUUUCCCUCCAGACAGACCCUCUUGUCUCUUCCGGGGUGUAAGCAUUUUUGUGCCUGCCUGAUGCGAACCAAAACCACUCUGGUUUUCCCCCAGAAUAUCUCCUUUGUUAACAGCAUGGCCACAAAUAUUUCCUUCCUACUUUGGUCUUCAUCCCUACUUCUUUCCAUUGCUGCAAUAUGUCAUUCAAGAUAUUUAAUAACCAGUACAGAAAAAAAUAAUAACCAGUAUAGAAAAUAAUAAUAAUAACCAGUAUAGAAUAGGCAUUUAUCAAAAGCAACAGGAGCCAGUGAGGCACCAACAGGUCAAAGGAGAUACAGACCGUGAGCACACAUAUGGCUGAAUGUGUCCUAGCUGGAUCUCAGCCUUGCCCCGAUUCCUCUGUCCUAUAUCACUACAGGCUUCUGUCUUCCUUGCUUCUUUAUCCAGACUUUGCCUUCUUCCUCGGGUCUCCCCCAAGAGAGCUCCCAAACCCUCCAUCUCAACAUCAGAUAUCACCUCCAUGCUCCCAAAGCACUUUCUGUUCAUCUAUAAUAGCACCAGGGCUCUAACAUUGCAUACAUAUCCAUUUUCCCAUCUCUACCGUGAACUUGUGUGAAUUAAGUCUGUGCUGGAUCUGAUGACUGUGCUCACAGCUCCUGCCACUAAGAUAGCUCUCCAGAAAUAUAUGUCAGGUCAGUCAGUACACAAAUGGGGCAGUAGUGCAACUUAGCCCUUGAGACUGCUGACUAUUGUCCUUGAAAUGCUGUCUGGACACUUUGUUGCUUGAGAACUUCUACUGGACCAACCCAUUAAUAUAAUCAUGAUGUGGGUCCCUUCCCCCGUCAAGACUCUGAUGCCUCACACAGCUCAAAUCCAUUCUCUAAAUCUGAAUUUUCUGUUACGCAUCAGAGAACAUUAAUUCCAACCUCAAAGGGGUGACAUGCAUGUUUAACAAGAUAAAGAAUGUCGGGGCACCUGGGUGGCUCAGUGGGUUAAAGCCUUCAGCUCAGGUCAUGAUCCCAGGGUCCUG